AUGCCUUCUCCAUUUGGUGAUGUGCCAAAGGCUGCGUCCCUUCUUGAGUUCCACCGCGUCAUGUCGCCUACAGCCGGUGUUCGUGUCUCCCCGCUUUGCCUGGGAGCUAUGAACUUUGGUGAUGCGUGGCAAGACAUGAUGGGCAAGUGCGACAAGAAGACUACGUUUGAGAUUCUGGACUACUUCUACCAACAAGGGGGUAACUUUAUUGACACUGCAAACAACUACCAGGCUGAAGAGUCUGAGACAUGGAUUGGCGAGUGGAUGAAGGAGCGUAAAGUACGAGAUGAGAUCGUCUUGGCUACAAAAUUCACUACUUGCUUUCCUGACCCACGCAAUGCGCCACGAAUGAAGGUCAAUUAUGGAGGAAACAGUACCAAAUCUCUUCAUGUAUCACUAGAAGCAUCAUUGAAGAAGCUCCAGACUGAUUACAUUGACUUGUUGUACGUGCACUGGUGGGAUUUCACCACGAGCAUCCCAGAGCUCAUGCAGUCCCUCAACACUGCGGUGAACAGUGGAAAGGUGUUGUACCUUGGAGUCAGUGACACACCUGCAUGGAUUGUCAGCAAGGCGAAUGAAUAUGCCCGGAACCAUGGAUUGCGCGGAUUCAGUGUUUACCAGGGCCGCUGGUCCGCUGCUGAACGAGACUUUGAGCGCGACAUUAUUCCCAUGGCCCGCGAAGAGGGAAUGGCACUGUGCCCAUGGGGUGCCCUGGGUGGUGGCCACUUUACCACUGAAGAAAAGCGCAAAAACAACGAGCAAGGCCGCAACUUUGGCCCCGCUUCCGAAAAGCACAUCGCCAUCUCCAAGAAGCUCGAGGCAGUCGCGACACAAAAGAACACUCAGAUCACCAGUAUUGCGCUUGCUUACGUCCGACAUAAGUACCCUUAUGUCUACCCAAUUGUCGGCGGUCGCAAGAUUGACCACCUCAAGGGAAACAUUGAGGCGCUGGCCAUCGAGCUGACUGAAGAGGAGAUUGACGAUAUUGAUUCGGCUGUUCCAUUCGACAUUGGGUUUCCUAUGAACUUCUUGUUCGAAUUUGGAGGCGGCAAGUAUAAGCACACCAUGACCAGUUCGGAUGUUGCUCUCGCAAAGUUUGCGAGUAUAUUGGACAGCGUGCCUGUUCAAAAGGGACCCAAGCCGCACCAGCUACAGGGAUAUGGAGGUAACUAA